UGUGGGGGGCGGGGGAGGAUACGUAAGGAGGAAGGACGGGAGUGUCGGGACAGAGUGGGAGGGACGGAGCGUUGGUGAACCGCAAGGAGUGGGGCCUUUGGGGAGUGGAGAAAUUGAAUAAAACUGGGCGGGCCUUAAAUAAGCAAAUUAAGAGGCUAGGAUUUGGUGGGCGAGGCCUAGAGGGGCGUGACCUUUGGGGCGGUGUCUCGGCGGAGCGUUGAGCUGCUUUGAGUGGGCGAGGGCAUCAUGGGGCGGAGCCUGACGUGGAAAUGUUAGCCCGCUCCCUUCUGCAGCGUAGCAUGAGACAUCGCACUCUAGCCUCCGUCCCGGCCCUGUGGGCCUCCAUCCCCUGUCCACGCUCUGAGCUGCGCCUGGACCUGGUUCUGGCUUCUGGACAGUCAUUCCGGUGGAGGGAGCAAAGCCCUGCGCACUGGAGUGGCGUGCUGGCCGACCAGGUAUGGACACUGACCCAGACUGAGGAGCAUCUUUACUGCACUGUGUACCGAGGGGAUAAGGGCCGGGUUGGCAGGCCCACACUGGAAGAGCUAAAGGCCGUGCGACAGUACUUCCGGCUGGAUGUCAGCCUUGCUCAGCUGUAUCACCAUUGGAGUUCUGUGGACCCCCACUUUCAAGAGGUGGCUCAGAAAUUCCAAGGUGUGCGACUCCUUCAACAGGAUCCCAUUGAGUGUCUCUUCUCCUUCAUCUGUUCCUCCAACAACAACAUUGCCCGCAUCACUGGCAUGGUGGAGCGGCUCUGCCAGACCUUCGGACCUCGGCUCCUCCAGCUUGAUGAUGUCAUCUACCAUGGCUUCCCCAGCUUGCAGGCCCUGGCUGGGCCACAGGUGGAGGCUCAGCUCAGGAAGCUGGGCCUGGGGUAUCGUGCCCGCUAUGUGAGUGCCAGUGCCCGAGCCAUCCUGGAAGAACGGGGUGGACUUCCCUGGCUGCAGCAGCUGCGCAAGGCGCCCUACGAGGAGGCCCAUAAGGCCCUCUGCACCCUGCCUGGGGUAGGCACCAAGACAAGCCCCAGGCUGUGCCCGUGGAUGUCCACGUGUGGCAGAUCGCUCAAUGUGACUACAGCUGGCACCCCACCACCAAGGAUCCGAGCCCCCAGGCCAACAAGGAACUGGGAAGCUUUUUCCGGAGCCUGUGGGGACCUUAUGCUGGCUGGGCCCAAGCAACUCCUCCCCCCCACCAGGUGCUGUUCAGUGCUGACCUGCGCCAACCCCACCGAGCUCAGGAGCCACCAGCAAAGCGCAGAAAGAGAUGCCCAGGGCCGGAAGGCUAGGUGGGGGCGCUGGACGAAGGGAUGCCCCAAAUACCCCUCCCCACCAUUCCCCCUUCUCAUCCCCAUUCAGUCUCAUGUUGGAAAGGGGGCUCCUUGCAGCUACCUCAGGGGCCAGGCACCCUCAAAUCAAGCAGUUUGCGUGACAGUGUGGGAUGGGAGUUGUCUGGGGAGACAGAGCUACCUGUGGUUUUAACCUCUUCCCUUUAUUAUAAGAAGGAACAAUAAAAUAGAAACAUUUGUAUGGAAAAUGCAGUGGAGGGGCUGUAGGGAAAGGGGUGCGGAGCGGGUGGAGCAGGGUAACUCCCCAGUUCAGGGAGGGGGGGAGCAGGCUGCCCCCAACCCCUCCUACACGGGGGAUCCAGGCCCCUAGAGCUGGGGGGCCAGUGUGGGAGACAGUUCCGGGCCCGGCUCCACGCAGCAGUCUCGACAGCAGCAGCUGGCCACCGGCCCUACACGGGGAGAGAAAGCAGAGUUGGCCACAGGAGGAGACCCUCUGCUCUAGUGUGGGUGCCUCUCUGUGGACCACCCUUGCCCUUCCACAGAGCCCAGGGCCUCACCCCCAGCUGCUGGGGCCAGCAGCUCCCCGUGGCUCGCUGUCUGUCCCUGCCCCUCCUGGCUGGUGCCCAGCUGUAGCUUCCUCAUGUGCCGCACCACGGCCGUGGCAUUGAAGGCUUGCUGUGGAGAGAGGCAGAAGAAGGGACUUUGGAGAGAGCAGGACAUCACGGGGCAGGGUCUGGUGGUGUAAUUCUCGCAGCAGUUCUGUUAGUUUUAUUCAGGCAAUAUUGGUUGAUCGCCUAAAACUCCCUGAAACAUCUACAAGGCUUUAUUAAACUAUAUUCAGUCAUAUCAUAUAGUAAUACACACACACACAUGUAUAAAAUGUAUAUAUAGAUAGACAUGCGUAACUUUUUAUAUAUAAUUAAUUUAUAUUCACAUAAGAGUAAACAAUAUAGCAUUAUGUGUCAGGCACUGUUCUAAGCACUUUACAUAAUAGUUCAUUUAAUCUUCACGAAUGUCUUUGAGGUGGGCACUAUUACUGUCACCAUUGUCAAAGGAGGAAACUGAGGCACAGAGAGGUUAACUAACUUGCCCAGGUGUGUGUGUUAUCAUUCUCUAUUCAACCUAUCCACUGAGAUGUCCCUCAAAUUUACCAUGUCCCAAACCAAAAUCAUCCCCUAAAACAAGUUUCUGCCCCUGGGAUCUCCAUCUUAGUGACGGUACCGCCAUCUACUUCAUCCCCGACCAAAAUUUUGGGCCAGCCCUGGACAUCUCUUCUCUCCCCCAGUAUCCAUUGUACCAUCACUUCUUGUCAGUUCUGCCUCCCAAACGACUCCUGGACCAACCAGUGUUCUCUGUUCGCAGUGCCACUGCUCUGGUCCAAGCCCUCACUGUCUCCUGACUAUGUCUCUGCCACAGCCCCCUAAAGGGUCUCCCAGCCUCCUCUGUGCCUUUCUGCAUCUUGAGAGCCCUUUCUAAUGGGCAAGUUCCAGCUGAAAAUCCUUCUGGGGCUCCUCAGCAUCCCCAGGAUCAAAUCAUUGCUCCACUGUGGCCCCCGAGCAGCCUGGCCCCUACCUGGGUCUGCAGCCUGGGCUCCUGGCCCACAGCUCCUCCAGUCCAGCCAGGCUUAGCGCUUACACUGCCCUGAAUGGCUGCACUCUCACGUCUCCUGGCCCUUUGCACCCUGGUUCCGUCUGCCUCAGACAUUAUUCUGCUGUGCCCAGCUAAUUCCUACUCGGCUAUCACGUCUGACAGGUUUAUGCCCCUUCCAGGAUCUCGUGGCUUGGGUUCGAUGUCUCCUUAAGAAGUAUACACUGUUCUCCCUCUAGACUUGGAGGUCAGGGACCAUCACUGGAAUAGAGUAGGUGUCAGAGCAUUGAAUGAAUGAAUGAGGUUCUUCAGUAAGCACUCCUGAGCAUUUACAGUGUGCCCCACAAGGUGCAAGCUGCUGUGUGAGCUGAGGGCUGGAUGGGGCUGGGGAGGAGUCCUGGGGAGGCUGGGACCCAGGACUAAACGUGGGCUCACCUUCCACUUGCUCUUGGCAAAGUUCUUCUUGAUCUGCUCGCUCACCGACUGGUGAAUAUUCUUAUCUAGAGCUGUAUCUCCUGCAAUCCUAGAGCGGAUGUGUGUGGAGGGUUGUCAGUGAAGGUUGAGGCAGGCCUGGGGGCCCCAGAUCCCACCCCAGCCUGCAGCUUGUGGGAGCUCUCACCAGGGGUGCUGCAAGGCCUGUUCACAGGUGAACCUCUUCUCUGGAUCCUUCUCCAUCAAGUGCCGGAUGAAGUCUUUGGCUGAAUCCCCAAGACAAGAGCAAAGACAGCAUGGUGGUGCCUGAGAACACCCCCAAGAUAGAACCCACCCCUCAGGUCUGGCUGGCACCGAAGCCAGAUCUGUCCAUUCACCACCCCACCCUACCUGCACCCUUUUCUCUAAGCCCCCAGGCCCACCCCAACCCUCCAGCUUUCUCCCUUAAGAAUAACUUGUUCCUAGAGAAGAUUGUGCUCAGUGUAUUCACACUGAUGUGUACAUGACUGAUAAUGGCUUCACAGCUUUGCCUCCUAAUCGGAGGCACAGGAAGACAGAUAAAAACAUGAAUGGUGGUGUCUUAGGCAUUAGGAAGUCUGUGGGGGGAGGUAUUUUCUAAAAUACUAUGUUUGAAGACCGAAUGAAUGAAAGCCUACAGUUUCUCAGGCCAGGAGCCAGGCAAAGAGAAGCACCCAGGGUGGGUGUCUGGUCUCGAAGACAGCUCUGUUAGUCUGGGGCUGGGGAAUCUGGUGGAAGGAAGGCAGAGAGGAGACCCCUAAAGCAGAUGAGGAAGGCACCGGAGGUAGGACCCAGGGGAAGAAAGCAAAGCCCCAAAUACCAGAGUCAGAGAUGUCGUCCCAAUAAGGAGAGUCAAACUCGUACUCGGCCUUCAAAAUCUGUUCAAAGAGUUUGGCAUCGUUCUCGUCAUAGAAGGGGGGAUAACCACAGAGCCUGGGCAAGGAGAAACUCAUUCUCAUUUCCAUUUUCAUUGUACCCACUGGCUCCAGGAUGGAGCUUUGGGGCAGUCUCAGGGAUCAGGCAGGACCCACAGGAAGGAGUUCCCCCUUUUACAAAGGGGGGAAAUUUGGCCCUCUCUGCCUUGCUCACUCCUGUCCAGCUACCCUGGCUUUCUGUUCCUUAACAUGCCGCCAUCUGUCCUUCCUCAGGGCCUUUGCACUUGCUGUGCCCUCUGCCUAAACCAUUCUCCCCCCACACCUCGAAUGUCUGGCUCCCUCACUUCAGUCAGGAUGCCACUCAUGCCACCUCCUCAGAGAGGCUCCCUGACCUCCUAUCUACAAUAGCAUCCAACCCCAUCUCCCUCCCCUGCUUGAUUUUUCUUCUUAAUAUUUCUUACCACCUGCCAUUAUUUUAUAGAUUUACUUAUUUAUUUUCUGUCUCCCUUACUAGCAUGUCUGCUCCCUGAGGGCAGGCACCUUGUCUGUCUUAUUCUCUGCUAAAGCCCCAGUGCUUGGCACAGUGCCAGAAACGUAGUAUCUGUUGAGUGAAGUAAUAUUAGUCAUUAAUUGGUAGAUAUAAAUAUGGAUGGCAGGAAAGAAGAAAUGGCAGGGAGGAGGAAGAGAGCAAAGUAGGGGAGAGAAGAACUCUGAAGCCACAUCCCCAACGGCCAAGCCCCCCACUCACAGGAUAUAGGCGAUGACCCCAAUGGACCAGCAAUCCACUGCCUUGCUGUAGGGCUUCUGGGCCAGCACUUCAGGGGCUGUGGAGGGAAGGGGACAUGGUGGUGACAAAUCUGCCCGGCAGCUUUGGGUUCCUCCCCCGCCCACAGUCCCAGCCCACGGCCCUCCGCACCCACGUAUCCUGGGGUCCCGCAGGCUGUGGAGAGCACACUGCCGGGGUCUUCCAUCUUGGAGAGGCCAAAGUCGGAGAUCAUGAUCUUGGAGUCUUCAUCCAGGCUGUAGUACAGCAGAUUCUCUGGCUUGGAAGAUGGGAGGUGGGGGAAGAGGAGUGGGAGAUGGCCAGAGGCCAGCAGGACCUUCUGCCUCCCCAAGCACCCCAGCGAGCCCCCCAAAAGCCACUGUGGCAUCACAGCUGCCAUCUUGGUUGGAGGCACAAGAAACUCAAUUAAGUUCGAAGUUCCAAAAGGACAAGGGCCUCGGGGAUAUGGAAGGGAAUUUCCUAUAAACCUCAGCUGUGUACUGUGACACCCUAAAGAAUUUUUGUGCGCCAGAUCCUGUCUUGUGCUUGAUUUCAGUUUAUCCUUACCACAUCCCUGCUAGCCCACUCUGAAUAAUCCCACUUUACAGUGGGGGAAACUGAUGCCUUGAGAGGCAAAGUGACUUGCCUGAGAAUCUACAGUUAGGGAGGGGAGUGGCAGGGAGAGAAUUCAGACCCAGAUCUGUUUCACCCCAGCACUCUUCUAGAGCAGAAUGAGAUGUACUACAA